GAGCAGGGUACCGAACCGCUUUUCUAUUAAUGGACGCAAUGAAGAUGAGAAGUGAGGGCGCCCCACGACACUCGACCUUUCUGGAUUUUGUUUUACCCCCCUCUUUCUCUCUCUUUCAAUGGAUAAAUCUCAGGGUGACAUACGUUUCACGUGUCUAGCGUUGUCUGGGCCAGGCGUACGUCACUAAAACUCAUCAAACUUUUCAGCUGUUCGGCUCCAGAUAAGUUGCAGUACGUCGGGCACGCGGCAGCCCCUGGCUUUGCAGACAGGACGUGAUUUAUCAACAGCUGUACACAACGGGAAGCUUCUGCGAUCCAUUCAAGUUCUACUUUUUAUCUAAACUUUUUCCCCCCCUGUAUGGUUUUAUUUUUGUAUUUAAAUUGGCGGAAAACUUGAACGUUUCAGCAGCAAGAAGAGGCGGAGGUUUUGCGCUCUGGACCAAAGCCGGUCCAGCGGUCCAGUGCUCUGCUCAGCCCUGCGGUCAUGUUUGGCUCACGAAAGACUUGGGAUCUUGGCCACGCCCCCUGCCUGCAGGAGCUCUGGAAGAAAGACGUCUCAUUGGAUGCAAGCUCAGUGGACUUCCCGAUGAGUGAUGGUGAGGAAGAUGGCACCUACCUGUCGCUGCCCACAAGAGUCUUUUCACAGCGCCCCUCUCUGACCUCUGACCCCUCACAAACCAAUCCUCCUAGCCAGCAAUUACUUAUACAGACUCUCCAGGCUCGUCUGGAUGGUGAAGAGGUUUCUCGACAUCUGCUGCUCCAGAGACUGCAGCAGAGUCACGAGCAGAAGUCAAGUGUGGUCCACGUGUUGCAGGAGGAGCUGGUCUCUGAUCAGUCCAACGGUGUGUGUUCAGGUUUGAGGCUGGUCCAAAGCCUGGCCGAGCCACAGGACCAGAAGAGGCCAAGUGAGCGAGCUGCUGAGUGUCUUGGAUGUCCAGAGGGAGAGCAGCUCAUCUGUCAGCUGCGCACACAGGUAGAGGAACUGGAGGAAAAGCUGCUUGACCAGACCCAAGAGGUGGAGAGACUGCGCUCUGAGCUGGGGGCGACAGAUCUGGAGAAGCACCUGGAGCUGCUGGUGGUUGAGAAUGAGCGGCUGAAGCAGGAGCUGAAGUCAUGCAAGACCACACUGCUUCAUACGCAGGGGUCUCCAGAGGCCUCCGCCUGCGCUGACUGUCCCCACAGCCAGGAUGUGGAGGCCCUGCGUGGAGAGGUGUCUCGCUGGGAGAGCCAGGCCAGACAGAGGGAGAGGAGGCUGGCUGAGCUGGAGCGUGAGCUCCACGAAAAGGCCUCCAAGAUGGAAGCCCUCAACCGACAGCUGGAGGAGUCGACGCACCAGCUCAGGGAGAGCCAGAGGCAGCUGGAUGAGUCAAAGCAUCAGCAGGGGGAGGUGGAGCAGAGACUUAGGCUCCGACUGCGGGAUUGUGAGGAGCAGCUGACCCAGCAGGCAGUGGCGCGCUCAACUGUCAAGUAUGUAACUCAGACGGUGGAGGUGCAGUCUGCUGAGCGUCAGAAGGCACUGUCUGAGGCCCAGGCCAGGAAUGCCGCCCUGCAGGAGCAGCUGGUAUUACAACGGCAGCUCCUCCGAGAGCUGGAAACACAGCUGCACGAAUCCCAAAGGACCUGCGCUCAGCUACGAACACAGAUCCUGGUGUACGAAGGGGAGAUGGAGAGGGCCCAGGGCCAGCUGGAGGCCGAGAUGCAGAACCUGGAGGAGGAGAAGAACCGUGUGAUCGAGGAGGCUUUCAUCAGAGCUGAGAGUGAGAUGAAAGCGGUGCACGAGAACUUAGCAGGUGUUCGUAUAAACCUGCUGACGUUGCAACCUGCCCUGCGCACCCUAACCUGUGAUUAUAACUGUCUGAAGAGACAAGUGCAGGACUUCCCCUUCAUGCUGGACAAAGCCAUCGCAGAGGCCAAGCAAGAGAUUUGCCAGGUGAUAAGUGAGGUAAGCAGUACCAAUCAGGAGCUUCUGCGUAAAUACAAGAGAGAGAUGAACCUGAGGAAGAAAUGCCACAAUGAAUUGGUACGCCUCAAAGGUAACAUCAGAGUGUUCUGCCGUGUUCGGCCAGUCAGCCCGGAGGAGCAGGACUCUGCUGACACUAAAAGCAUGGUCAGUUUUGACCCGGAGGACGACGCAGUCUUCUACCUCUCCAACAAGGGCAAAGUAAUGACUUUUGAACUCGACAAAGUGUUCCCUCCUCAGGCUACACAGGAAGAGGUCUUUCAGGAGGUCCAGUCCUUGGUGACGUCCUGCAUUGAUGGAUUUAACGUUUGCAUCUUUGCCUAUGGACAGACGGGCUCAGGAAAGACUUACACCAUGGAGGGUGUGACUGGGGACCCCGGCAUCAAUCAGCGGGCUCUCCGACUCCUCUUUUCUGAGGUGACAGAGAAAGCACCUGACUGGGACUACAAGAUCACAGUCAGCAUGGUGGAGAUUUACAACGAGACCUUACGAAACCUGUUGGGCGACAACCCAAAUGAGAAGCUGGACAUUAAAAUGAACCCUGAUGGCAGCGGGCAGCUGUAUGUCCCGGGGCUGACGGAGUACAACGUCCAGAGCCCAGAGGACAUCAAAAAGGUGUUUGACCUGGGUCACAUGAACAGGGCAACGGCCUGCACCAACUUGAACGAACACAGCUCUCGCUCGCACGCGCUCCUGAUCAUCACCGUGGCUGGCUUCAACUCUGCCACUGGGCACAGCACACAAGGAAAGCUGAACUUGGUAGACCUGGCUGGCUCGGAGCGCAUCGCCAAGUCCGGAGCAGAGGGCAGCCGCCUGAGGGAAGCUCAGUGCAUCAACAAGUCUCUGUCCGCUCUGGGUGAUGUCAUCAACGCGCUGCGGAGCAAACAUUCCCACGUGCCCUUCAGGAACUCGCGCCUCACCUACCUGCUGCAGGACUCUCUGAACGGAGACAGCAAGACGCUUAUGAUGGUGCAGGUCUCCCCACUGGUCUCCAACAUGAGUGAGUCCGUGUGCUCGCUGAAGUUUGCCCAACGUGUCCGUACCAUCGAGCUGGGUUCUGCCACAUCCCACCGGAGACACGAAAAUUCUUCCACCUCCUCUUCGCCGACCCACGACAGUGUAGAGCUGGACUCACCUCCGGUGACUCCAGUGCCCCUCCCUAUCUCUCGAGCCAGCAGCGCUGGCUCCACCCUGUCCUCCACCUCCCGCACCCCCAGCACACGCAGGAGGUCCCAGUCCCAGCUCUCAACAGACAGACAGGUAGACAGAACCAGCCCAUUGGUGGGGGACAGUGGGCAGGACGACUGAAACUCACAGCCUGAGGGAGCCCUGAUGGAAACAUCUGGAUUAGGUACAGACAAUGAAGCUGCAGCUGUCGGUUGCUGGAUCAUCUGAAAGUGGGCUUUUAAUCAGCACCCUGACUGACCAGCCAAGAUUUUGUUUCUGGGGAAAUCUGCCAGCUUACCUGCCUUUCGCUACCCAUCUCACUCGCCGGCUCAGUUGCUGACAACGACUUGGAGAAUCAUAGGUUGACUUGUGUUUGAUGGAGAACGGACUGAUCAGAACUUUAUGUACAGGCCAAACUAAUCAUUUGCCUCAUCUCCUUGCUGUCUAUCUGAUGGACAGCUGAGACUGGAGGAUAAGUGGCUGAACUUUCCAUAUUUCUCUUUGUAAUUAACUUGAGAGGCCACCUGCAGCAAAAGGAAAAGUUAAAAGGACAAUGACUUUUGUCAAUGGCCAUUUAAGGACUCCUCAAUUGCAGCACUGCCCGAAAAGACCCAAGCAUCCUCUCCCUGUGUGGGCUACAGCCCCAAUGACUGUUGGAUAAGCUGUCUCCAACCCUAAAGUGACAGAACACCGUUAGUGAAGUGCUAUUCUUUCUUUUUUGAUGCUCCCAAAACAACAUAUUCUUUCCAAUCACAGUAUUUCUCAUUUAAGUUGCACUUUAAACUUUCAGGUUGUUUUCUAACCUACAAUUCAAGUUAUGGUUAAUUAUGCAUAACAUGGUAUGUAUUUAAAUGUUGGACAUGCUUUAAUCCGAAGGCUCUCCUGGUUUCCUUACAGUCCUCCUUAUUCAAUCAGGGUACUCCACUGAUACCAUGCUGGGCGUAUUCUGUGCAAUAGGACAAGAGCAAUAUGAGCAAAUAUUCCAAUGUGUAUUUUUUUUUUCUUAGAGUAGAAAUUCUCAAAGGCAAUACACAAUAUCUGCCUCAACACUGCAUGGAAACUUUUUUUUUUAUACAGUGGACAUGAAGCUAGACAUGUACACACAACCUCUCUGCCAGACAGGAAAUGCCAUUCUUGUUGUGGAAAACGGCACCUUGUGAAAGAAGUCACCUCCAGCAUCAGAACAAGGAGAUCUCAAACCCUCAAAAGUUGCAUUUAACCUGGUCUCGGCAUUCACAGAACCAUCGCUGAAUCUGUGUCGAGAAGCAUUUUCACAAUACGGCAGCGAGCUAACUUAGCUAGCAAGUGACACCAGUCCUCAUGCAGAAAACACAUGUAGCCAUUAACCUAGUGCUGAGCUGUGAAACGAGAGGCGUGACAAACCGUCUUGUAAUGCACCAAUGUCAAAUAGGAAUCCGAUCAACAACCGAACUUGUGUCUCCAGUGUUACUAACCUGGAGUUCACUCCAGAUCCAGUAGGAUCAGAGAGAGGAACGUUAACACAUUGGUAGCUGAUCAUUGCUUGCUUGUAGUUUGUUGUAGAUUUCUUAGUCAUGUUUUUGUAAACCCUUUUUAAUAAACACUCCAAACCUAAUGAAUACUAGUUUUUCCAUGUUGACUAUGCAGAACAAAGAAAAAUCCCUUUUUAAAAUCCAGUAAAAGGGACCAGGUUUAAUCGUUUUAAUACUUGGCCCUGAUUAAGGGAUAUUUAAAUUUGUAGCCCUACAUGUGGACAUUAACAUUUAAGGUGGAGUCACCUGUCCCCCUGGAAGACACUGGGUAGAUUAUUGAAUGAGUGCAGCCUCUGAACAUGAUAA